AUGUCAUCAGACGAGGAAGGAGGAGAGGAGUACCUGUUCAAGAUCGUGAUAAUUGGGGAUUCGGCGGUAGGAAAAUCAAAUCUGCUUUCUCGAUAUGCAAGAAAUGAGUUUAAUUUACAUUCAAAAGCGACAAUAGGAGUGGAGUUUCAGACCCAGAGCAUGGAAAUCGAUGGCAAAGAAGUUAAGGCUCAGAUUUGGGACACUGCUGGUCAAGAGAGGUUCAGGGCUGUCACUUCUGCUUACUAUAGAGGUGCUGUCGGUGCUCUCAUUGUUUAUGAUAUUAGUCGCCGCACUACUUUUGAUAGUAUCGGUCGAUGGCUUGAUGAGCUUAAAAGAAUUGUUUUGUUCGUGUCUAAUGUUGAUGAGGAAGCCCAUUCUGAUACAACUGUAGCAAGGAUGCUGGUUGGGAACAAAUGUGAUUUGGAGAAUAUCAGGGAUGUUAGUGUGGAGGAAGGCAAAAGCCUCGCAGAAGCAGAAGGCUUGUUCUUCAUAGAGACAUCUGCUCUCGACUCAACAAAUGUUAAAAAGGCCUUUGAGAUUGUUAUUCGAGAGAUAUAUAACAACGUGAGCAGGAAGGUCUUGAAUUCCGAUACAUACAAAGCUGAAUUGUCUCUGAAUAGGGUAACCCUUGUUAAUAAUGGGGGUGAUUCCAAGCAAGCCCAGAGCUACUUUUCCUGCUGCUCCAGGUGA